UUUAAGUCAGUUUGCAGAAAAUUAUCAUUUUAUUCAGCGCUUUCAAGAAAAGUACAAUAAAAUGAAUGCUCCACCGAAAUUCGAGGGCUUUAAAUGCAUUAAAGGCGAAAGAAAAAUAACUGUGACCAUAGAUCGAAAAGUGCAAAACGCUUCAAUUUUUACAAUUAAUAAGGCUGACCACACUAUUGGCAAUUUGCUGCGCGAGCAACUAUUUAAAGACCCGAGAGUGCUAUUUGCCGGAUAUAAAAUGCCGCAUCCUCUGGAGUACAACAUUGUUAUUCGUGUGCAGACGGCUGAGAAUUAUUCGCCACAGGAGGCUUUCAUUGCCGCCCUGCGUGAACUAAUUAAAAGAGUUAGUCGUAUUGAAGAGCUUUUCCGGGAGGACCUAAUGCACUUUCAAGGCAGCGAUGAUUGCUAAAACUAGUUCACCUUUAACUUUCCAGCCAUUUAUGUGAGUGCGCGAGAACCAUUGGUUUGCAACUCUUCAUUUUCUUACAUUUACCAACACUAACACCUACUGCGUUUUGCUUGCCGUGCGGCUUCUGCUUAUAAACAAUUGUGAUUUUUCGUAGUUUAUACAAAUAAAUCUAUAAAAUGAA